UCACCGAGCUGCUGUACGUCGUCAUUGCGUCUGACGUAGACCAGGAAGUAAGACAACUAACUAGCUCGCUCAGCUAGUAGCAAGUAGAAAUGAAGCUAAAAAGUAGUUGUUUAUGUUUUUACAAGCUGCCACGACAUUGACGUUCUGUCCACGCACUGAUCGAGUGCGGAGCUGUAUACGGAAGCUACAAUGGGCCAACGAAAGAGAGUGGCAGCUGUGAAUAACCCUUCAUCUCAGAGACACUCUGGGGUUCCUCUAGAGGCCCCCAGAGUCUGCAACAGAAAGCACAACAUCUGCAUGGUGUCGGACUUUUUCUAUCCAAACAUGGGCGGAGUAGAAAGUCACAUUUACCAGCUGUCCCAGUGUCUGAUUGAAAAGGGACACAAGGUGGUAAUUGCCACCCACGCCUAUGGCAGGAGGACGGGUGUCCGAUACCUGACCAAUGGACUGAAGGUUUACUACUUGCCCCUGCAGGUGAUGUACAACCAGUCAACUGCCACCACCUGCUUUCACAGCCUCCCACUGCUGCGCUGUGUGUUUGUCAGGGAGCAAAUCACUGUGGUGCAUGCACACAGCUCGUUCUCUGCUAUGGCCCAUGAUGCACUGUUCCACGCUAAGACCAUGGGUCUGAACACUGUGUUCACUGACCACUCACUCUUCGGCUUUGCUGACGUCAGCUCUGUGCUGACCAACAAGCUUCUGACCGUGUCGCUGUGUGACACCAACCACAUCGUGUGUGUGUCGUACACCAGUAAAGAGAACACAGUUCUCCGAGCAGCACUCAACCCGGAGAUUGUGUCUGUUAUUCCCAACGCUGUUGACCCAACAGACUUCACCCCCGAUCCCUCCCAGCGCCAAGAUGACAGGAUCACAGUUGUCGUGAUCAGCCGUCUCGUCUACCGCAAAGGAAUUGACCUUCUUGGUGGGAUAAUCCCAGAGCUCUGCCUCAAACAUCCUGAUCUGCAUUUCCUGAUUGGUGGAGAGGGACCAAAGAGAAUUGUGUUGGAGGAAGUGAGAGAGAAAUACCAACUACAUGACAGGGUGCGUCUGCUGGGGGCUCUGGAGCAUAAAGACGUUCGUGGCGUUUUGGUGCAGGGUCACAUCUUCCUCAACACGUCUCUGACUGAAGCGUUCUGUAUGGCCAUCGUGGAGGGAGCCAGUUGCGGGCUGCAGGUGGUUAGCACUCGCGUUGGGGGCAUUCCUGAGGUGUUACCUGAGGACUUGAUAACCCUGUGUGAACCCACUGUACGGUCUUUGUGUGCUGGUCUGGAAACAGUCAUCGCCAGGCAGCGGUCAGGCUCCGUCCCCUCCCCUGCCUCCGUACAUGGACGUGUGCAAAAUCUUUACACGUGGAGAAACGUUGCGGAGAGAACUGAAAAAGUGUAUGACAGGGUGGCUGGAGAGGAUGUUCUCCCUCUGGACAGAAGGUUACGGAGGCUGAGGGCUCACUGUGGCCCCGUGGCUGGCUCCAUCUUCGCCUUCAUCGCUGUGUUAGACUUCCUCUUCCUGCUGCUGAUGCAGUGGUUGGUGCCAGAUCGGGUCAUGGACAUCGCUGUGGAUGCUACCGGCCCUCAGGGACUGUGGAGACUGCUCCAUCUGAGGACCCUCAUCGCUCAGGCAGCGGCAGCAACAACAGAUGGUGCUACACGUCUUUUCAACUCUUGGAGCAGCAGCAGAGCUGCUCGUGUCAGGCUCAUCCACGUCCAGCUGGCAUCACCCACCCAUGAGGCUGCAAAGAAAGAUUUGCUGGAAAAACAAACCCAAUCCAUGGAUACCAGAGAUCUUCAGAAGUCUGUGGAGUCCACGUCUCCACAGCUCAGAGGUGUUUUAGUGACACUCGUGGACCUGUAUAAUAUUAGGAAAAAGCAAAGAUCGGAUGAAAGUUCUUUUUUUGAGAACAAGUAUAACUUGGAGAAGUGGAAAUCUGUUUUAUAUGCUCGCAGGAGAAAUGGUGAACAAGGUGUCCCUCAGCAGGGAUGUCCGCUGAGCUGCUGACCAGACUGCGAGCGAUGAAGCAGUAGUAGACGGAUAUGAUGAAGAGCGGGACGAUGUAGAAGAUGAGGAAGGAGGCGGUGGAGUGGAUCUUGGGAUGCA